UGACAGCUGUCACAACUUAUUUAUAAUACACAAAGCAUAAUACUUUGUGUUAUUAUCAGUUAUUUUAUAGCCUUGUUUCGCAAUUAGUUUUAUUAAACAACUUAUAAAAACACGAUAGAAAUGUUGAAACCAAAGGCGUUAACCCAAGUACUAAGCCAAGCGAACACAGGAGGUGUUGAAACAACUCUGUUGCUAAACGCAGAGGGAUCUUUAUUAGCCUACAGCGGUUACGGAGACAAAGACGCCAGAGUCACCGCAGCCAUAGCCAGUAACAUAUGGACGGCUUACGAAAAAAUGGGAAGAAACGCCUUUAGAGAGGACAGACCCCAGAUUAUACUGAUGGAGUGCAUGGAAGGACGGAUAGCCAUUACCCAAGUCGCUAACGUUUUACUUUGUCUGUACGCAAGGAAUAUUGUAGGAUUCGGUAUGCUUAAGCAAAAAGCAAACGCGUUGGCGCUGUACUUGGAAGGCCCGUUAAAGCAAGUGGCAUCGUCUUAAUUACUUUUUAAAUCACCUGGUAGAUAGGUACUUUUAUAUUUAUAGGAUUAGAAAUUACUGAAUAUAUUCAAAUAUAUUGC